AUGCACAUCUCCACCGUUUUGUCAAUCUUGACCUUGUCAUUGUCAAUCUUUGGUGCUCCAGUCGACAAAAGAUCAUUGUCGUCAUCCUCAAUCCCAAAAUUCCACACUUUGGACUUUGAUAUCGUUGAUGUGACUCCAUCGUCACUGAAAAGAGAAAAAACGGAAACAAUUUAUCGUCGUACAUUGUACUAUUUCGCUAGAGUCACAAUCGGAUCAACAAAACAACAGAUUGGUGUCACAGUUGACACUGGAAGUGCUGAUUUAUGGUUCCCUUCAAAUGAUGCUACUUGUACUGGUGGCAAUGAUUGCAAAUCGUUGGGGACCUUCACUCCGGCCAUAUCCAAUACUUUCCACAAUUUAUCCACUCCAGUAAACAACAAUUAUGGUGAUGGCGAUGGCGCUAGUGGAUAUUGGGGUAAAGAUGACUACUGGUUUACUGAUGGGACCAAAGUCGAGCAAAUUCAAUUUGGUUUGAUGAAUUCAGUAGGUAGAGAAACUGGCGUGUUAGGGUUGGGAUUGCCCGACUUAGAAGCUACUAAUGAAAAGUACCCCAAUUUCCCCGCUGCUUUGAAAAACGCUGGUAUCAUUGACAAGACAGCUUAUUCGUUAUACUUAAAUCUGGCCACUGCAUCAAGUGGCAGUGUCGUAUUUGGCGCCAUUGAUAAAGCUAAAUAUACUGGUGACCUAGCUGUACUAGAUUUUGCCGAUUAUACAUGGACGGCAAUCAAACUUGAUUCUGUAACUGCGCCCGAUGGAACGAAAAUUGAUUUGAACAUUCCCGUUGCAUUGGAUAGUGGCACCACUUAUAUCCAAUUGGACACGGCUGUUGCUAAGCAAAUUUAUCAAACCCUUGGUUUAAGUGAAUCUGGCAGUGCCUCGUGUGAUCAACUUUCAUUGGAUAAUAAUCAAUUGACCUUGAAUUUUGCUGGCGUUUCCAUAACUAUCCCCUACAAAUCAUUAUUCUACCAAUUUGGAGGUGGAUCUUUAUGUCAAGCUAGGAUUUAUGGAUCUAAUGAUGGGAACAAUUUUUUUGGUGAUUUGUUUUUACAAAAUGCUUAUGUUGCAUUCAAUCUUGAUUCGAAGAAAGUUGGCUUGGCCAAAGCUAAUUAUAAUGAUGCAACCGAUUUGGUUGAUUUUUGGUUCUAG